AUGGAGUAUGAAGAUGAAGAUUGGCUAUGUGUCUCUCUGGAAGACUUUUCUCUUGCUACUGAAAAUGGUAGUAGCAAGGGAAGGGUGAGUAGGAAGAGGAACUAUGAUGAUGACACAAGAGAGUACAAAUCCAAGAACCUUGAAACUGAAAGGAGGAGGAGGGAAAAACUCAGUAGCAGGCUCUUGAUGUUGCGGUCUUUAGUACCUAUCAUCACAAAUAUGAACAAAGCAACCAUUGUUGAAGAUGCUAUCACCUACAUCAUGAAGCUGCAAGAUAAAGUGCAGAGUCUCAGCCAAGAGCUUCUCCAAUUGGAAGCAACUUCAGAGGAAACAGGGGAGACAAGGAUUGAUGAAACUGAUGCUGCAGAGGAUAUGAAGAAUUGGGGGAUACAGGCAGAGGUUAAGGUGGCACAAAUCGACGUGAAUAAACUCUGGGUCAAGAUCAUCAUUGAGAAGAAGAGGGGAAGGUUCAAGAAACUGAUGGAGGCCAUGAAUGAUUUUGGCAUUGAGCUCAUAGACACCAAUCUUACAACAGCAAAAGGAGCAUUUGUGAUUACAAGCUGCAUGCAGGGCAAGGAUGGUGAAAGACUUGCAGUUCAUCAAAUCAAGAAUGUGUUGGAAGAUAUUAUCAGUGGCAUAUAG